AUUGUCAGCCAUGUUUUGUAUACAUAUUGCUACAGAAUCGAUUAUUACGUUUUUUUUCGAAGAAUGCUCAUAAUCAGAUUGGUAGCGUUGAGUCAAUUUACAAAAUUUAUCUUAUUUAUACAAUUUGCUAUCUGUUUGAAAGUGAUCCAACUUUGGUAAGUAGUAUGUUAAAUUCUUCGAUUAAUUACUCAUAUUUGUAUUCAACAGCUAGAAAACGCAACAUGUUCGAUGUACGCAUAGUUUAUAUGGACUAUUACCUAACCUCUCCUAUUCCUGAUUAUGAUCCUAUUGUAAGGGAAUUGGAUGAUUGCAUCGUUCAUAACAUUCCAGUUCUAAGAAUUUUUGGCUCAACGGCAACUGGUGAAAAAGUAUGCGCUCAUAUUCAUGGUGUGCUGCCUUAUUUAUUCGUAAUUGCACCAAAUAUGGAAGAUGAUGAAGAGCUUAUAAAAUACGGCCGAUUAUUGGCUUAUAGCGUUGAAAAAGCUCUAAAUUUAUCGUCCGCUUCUAAACAGGAGAAUUCGGAAAAAGUUCAUAGUGUGCAAACUGUUCGGGCAUUCCGUAUGUAUGGCUACAGCGGGGAGGAAAAUGUGUUUUUUAAACUUUUUUUAUACGAUCCGGCUGAUUUGAAACGUGUCUCAACAUUAUUACUGGAGGGCGCCAUUCUCAACACGGUUUUUCAACCUCACCAAGUGCAUGUACCAUAUAAUUUGCAAUUUCUUAUUGAUUACAAUUUACGCGGAAUGGAUUAUCUAAAAGCAAAACGAGCAAAGAAAAGAGAAGAUGCAAAUCGACAAUCGUAUUGUCAACUUGAAGUUGAUAUUAUUGCAACAGAUAUUACAAAUGCUGACGAAUCUAGUUUAAAUGGUAGAAAUCCAGCUUUAGAAUACAUUUGGAAGGAAGAAGGUAAGACGAAACCGUCCUUGAGUAGAACACCAUCUAUUCAAUCAAAGUAUGAAUAUGAUACCGAUGGUUUACAACGUUUGAACGAAGUAGUUGAACGUUUCCGUGGCGACGCAUCGAUUCAGUCGACGCCUGACGCCACGGCGCUAGAAGUCGGUGACGAGCCUGUCGUGAGUAGGGAAACUAUUGAACGCCUUUCCUCCACACAAUUACAGAAAGCCAAAGAAGGCAAAGAAAUUUUGUUACGUAAAGCGAAGAGCGGUGAUGCUGAAGCAUUUAAGCAACUUGACGCCCAGGAUAUGUUUCAAUUGGAAGAAGGCGACAGUAUAUUAUUAGCUCACAAUGAAGACGAAGAAGAAGACGAAAGCAUCGAUGAAAAAACUCACGUAAAAAGAGAAGAUGAGAGGGAGGAGGAUGAAGAAGAUGAAGAAAAUGAUGAGGUAGAGAAAGACAUUUCAAAUACUACUAUUCCGCAACUCGACGGCGUCUCCGACAUGGAUGAAAAAUCAGAAAAUAAUAUCGAAAAAUUUUCAUCUAAUUUAGCUUCGUUAAAAUUGAAAACUUCAUCAAAUUCGCAUGUCUUUCUUGAUUUAAGACCGAACAAAUCACAACUUGCCUUAGCUAAACGUUCCGGAAGUAAACGGGAUGACGGUGCUAUUUGUGAGCAUGUUGAACUAUUGGAGGAGAGUGACGAUGACGAAAAAAUUGAAUUGGGACCAAAACCGUUAAUGGUAGAUUUGCGUGUACCACAAACUAUCGCAAGUACAGGUACACGGGUUGACUUGAGAAAUUUGUGUAGAUUAUCACCUUUGAUGACUGCUCUUACAGCUGAAAAACUUCGAAAAAAAAAUAAGAAAAUCAAAGAAUCUUCACCGAUUUUGGAAUCGCUUAAAAGGAAAAAUCGCUUUAGAAUUCAAUAUGGUCGAAAUAAGAAUAUAAGGUUGACAGCUAACGACAGAAACGAAAUUGAUGCAAACAUUGAUGAUAAUCAAAUUACACCGACCGUCUGCAUGUCAGAUGGCGAGGCCGAUUAUUUUUGCUCCAAAUCAACUGCUCAGGAAAAGAGAAACUUAAAAGACACUCUUAAAACACAAGUGGUAUUCGCGAAUAUAUCAACUAAAAGAUGUAAAUCUUUUAAUCGAAUGAGGCAUUCUCGUUUUAUGCCGAAAAAAACCCUCCUACGAAGAAGGCUCCAGGAACACAAAUUGAGAAAGCUCAAACUACUUAAAAGAAAGAAAACUCGAAAAGUACAAACUGCUAAAGAAUUACCAGAACCGGAACUGGAACCAGAACCAGAAUCAAUCAAAGAUGGACAAAAAAAUGAUAUCGAAGAGGAAAACGACAAGAUCGAUAGUGAAAAAGUCGAUUGGGAUGAGUAUAAUCAGCUUGAGAAGAGUCCAAACAAUACACGAGACCAAGAAGCAACAACAGAGUCUAGUCAUACAGAGGAAAUUCCACCUUUGGUGCCUGCAGACAAGAUUGAUGAAAAUUUAUUGAAUUCUAGUCAAGCAUCAGAAAAACUUAAUAUUCCAGAAAUCCGAGAAAUACUAGCUGAAGCAGACUCAACAGAGAACACCAAAGAAAGUCAGGGAGAAAGAUACGGAGAUAAGGUUGGAAAUGAUCAUGCAACCGAUUAUGCAGACGUUGGAAUGAAAUUGGCAUUAUUAUCACCUGCUAAGGAGGAAAGACAGGGAAUUUGGGCUCUCUCGCCAGCAUCACCGAAUAUGGUGAAUGGAGGUGGACAAAAGGACAACACGUACAGUUCACCUAAUCCACCUCAAAAUGUGCAAUCGGCUACUCCUCCGAAUGAUCAUAUGAUGGAGAAUAACUUAAUGACCGUUGAUUGUAACGAGGAAAAGGCUGAGGUUUUAAAUCUAAGUAUUCACGAUAAAAAGGAGGAAGAAGAAAGGCAAGAUCAAGCCAUAAACAAUACAUUUUUAAUUCCAGAGUUUAACUUUUGCCAUAACGAUAAUAUGAACAAACAAUCAUCGUGCGAUCUAAGUGUUACUAGCUCGAUUCAGGCUCCCCCCAUUGAUCUUCUUAAAAUGGCUGUCGAAGCAGCCAAUAUCAAUAAUAAUGCAGAUGAAGAAGACUGCAUCAUAACGGAAAAUCAUUACAGGCCCGCACCAAUUAUGCAGCAAAAUAUGAUUCAGGGAAGUUGCAACAUGGCAAAAAUGAUUGAAAUUCAAAACCAGCAGGCUGCUCAACAGGCAAAGAGACGGCAGCAACAGCAAUUAGCAGUUCAUCAAAGACAACAAGAACAGUACCGAAUGCAACAAUACGAAAGAGAGAAACAUUUUCAACAAUAUCAGCAUCAAUCACAUCAUCAAAUUCCUCAACAACAGCAACGCUAUUAUUCUUCCUACGCAGCAAUACCUCAGCAAUCUUAUAUUGAGCAUCAGCAAUCAACGUACGACCCGAAUGCGAAUGCAUACAGAGCUCAGUCAAUGUCCUACACCACGCAGUAUUCACAUAUGUAUCCGUCUACGGGUACAUUUAACUACUCGCCCUACACAUCACAUUUAAGUAAUACGGGGCAGAAUGAUAGCUACAGCACUUUUUCUGAUGCAGGACAUGGAAUGUACAGGCAGCAUCAACGCUAUCCUCAAUCCUGA